CCAAAUGAGUUUGAUAGAAAUAGACAAAGUUGAAUGUUACACAUGGCAACUCCUCUCUGGAGUCCGAAAAGGGGUUAACAGGCGAGAGCUCAGCAAUAGCACGGCCCUGAAAGCACUCUCCAGAUUCUGCGUCACGGACAAGAAUAGGCUGCAGAUCGAGGCAGAGCUCGAGGCUCAUCUCUUGCCUCUUAUCAAGCAGCAGGAGGAGGCACCGCCACCAAAGUCAAGGACCCAGCCAAGUGUUUUUCCACGUACAAGGCCGCAAUGGACAAAGGUCAAGAGGCUGAACCGCAUCUGCGCCGAGACGUGCAUCAGAACAGCAAAUUUGAUAUCGCUGUCUUUGCGGGCCAUCGUCAAGCUUUACCAAACGCUCAUUGAACACCCGAAUCUCUCCCCUUCGGCCAAGUAUCUCGAAGAUAUUCUAUCCUACGUCAGUUGCGCCAUUCGCAUCUGGGCCGAGACUGUAGACCGGGAAGAAUACAGGGGCGUCCGGAGGCCGGAACUGAGGAGAAACGACCGACGGCUUGCGCGAGCAGCCCACAUGCAGUACUGCGGUCAAAUCUUGUUGACAGUCUGCAGAAUGACUUGGCCAGAGGACCAACAUGAGUGGAUCGAAGAGGAACAGAUCAUAUUCGACAAGGAGGCCGAGGAUUUCGCUGAGGCUUUCAUCUUUGACGGCAGUCUGACCUACAGGCACAUCCUGGAGGGGCGCAAGACAGUGCUCGACAGUGGUCAACCAAGAAAACAGUUCAUCAUUCUACAGAAACUAGACAGGUUGAGGCAUGACGGAUUGGUCACCAAGCAGCAUUGGUACCAGCCCGACCCAGCGCUGCCGUUCUUGCAAGAUUUUUGCCGAGUCCACGAAGAAAGAGACGCGGGGCAAACGCUACGGUGCUUGGUAUAUGGCAUCGUCGACCAGCACAACAGAAGCAAGCAAACCAAACCCCCUACACGGAAGUGCCCCUCUGUACAUGGGACCUGCGGUGACUCAGGCUUGCCGGUCAGCACCGGCGGCCAGUGCGGUUCAAACGGGCAUAUCUGCGCCGGAUUCGGCUUCGGCGACUGCUGCUCGCAAUGGGGCUAUUGUGGAAGCACCGACGACUACUGCGGGGCGGGAUGCCAGUCGAAGUUUGGUAGCUGUAACGCGAGGCCAGACAUCACGACCGACGGGACCUGCAGCUCCAACAGUGAUCCCGAAGGCGCAAGCUGCGCUGGAUCAGGAUUUGGCGAUUGUUAUUCAGAAUGGGGUUAUUGUAGAAGCACAAAUGCAUACUGCGGAACCGGAUGCCAGUCGGCCUUAGUUCUUGUGCCAGUUUUUGGUUUCUGGACGGGGGUUGUCGCUGCACAAAGGCGAUGCUUCGCUAGAGGUCAUCGAGCUCCACCGUCGCUAAAUUACAAUUUCCGCCGCCAUCACGGUCACACCUCUUUGAUACCUCAGCAAGUCUGUCGCUUGUUUCAAUGCAUCAAUCCUGAUCGACCACGACCAUCAACCAUGGGCUUCCAGUGGCGCUUCCCAUCCGAGCCGGCAGGAGCGAACUCGACUUCACGCGCGUUACAAGACCCAGAGCUGCAGCAACAACUGGAGCAGCUCAAGCAGAUUCGAGAAAAAGAACAAAGGCUUUUGCAAGAACGCCGAGAGUCACUGAACACCUGGUUUGGCCCUCGAUCCUUCAGACAGCUCGGCCUCUUCUUCGCAGGUGCGGGCUUCCUUGCCUGCACCGUCGGCAUCACGCGCCGCGCCGUCCUCCGCAAGCAGGUGACCGCGGCACCAAAGUUCUUUUCGCCCAGUAAAUACAUCAAACCGGAGCCGCGCGUCGAUGCUCAGGGUAACAAAACCAAAGUUAUCGACCCGGAAGCUGAAGGGGGUCCACUUGCUGUCCAAGCCCUGGGCCUGGCAACGUUGAAUGUCUUUAGUUUUGCCAUAAUGAUGACGGGCGGCCUGAGUUGGGCCUUUGACAUAUCGAGUAUUGAUGAUCUUCGCGUCCUGGCAAGGAGGAAGAUACACGCUGGGGAAGGCGAUCCAGAUCCGGGGGGUGAAAAGGAGAUUGAGGACUGGAUGUCCAACAUGAUGCUACGCAGCAAGGAUUCAAGUGACCAAGACACCGCCGCAGAUGGUACUGCUAUCACGGAGCCGGCACCAUAG